AUCUGACCUAAAAAUAUCAAGCGUAAACGCUAAAACAUAUCUUCAUCCACUAGUCUAAUAGCAUCCCACGACAAGAUCAUAAGAGGUAUAAUACGUCAUCAUGGAAAAUAUAGAGAAUAUUAAACUUUUCAUAAAGUCGUUAGACUCAAGUACAGCACAACUAGAAUCUUCCUUAGAACCAAUACUAAAACAAUCAUUACAUGAACUAGUAGCUCGAAAUGUUAGUAACAAUGAUCCAAUAGAAAAGAUAAAGCUUUAUAAUGAUUUCACAUAUACUGUGAUAUCGGUAUUGUUUGCCUAUAUCAAGUCCCUUGGGGUUAAGACCGAUUCACAUCCUAUUAUGAAGGAAUUGGGAAGAAUAAAACAAUUCAUGAAACGAUUUAAAGAUUUACAAGAUAAUGUUGAAACCAGUGAUACUCAACAAAAGGAAGAAAAUGAAAAGGCUAAACAGUUCUUACAGAAUACGUUAGGGUUUAAGAAUAGUGGUGGUCAAGCCGUGCCUAACAGUUUAUCUUCUCCUGCUAUCAGUGCAUCAAAUUUUAAGGGUACACAUACCAAGUUUAAUAGUCAAAGUGACGAUGAUGAUGAUGAUGUGAAAGAAGAAGACUCCAAGAUUGAGGCUAAAUCAUCAGCCCCAAUGAAAAAGACUAAAUCAAAGACAAACAAUAAAGUCACUAAACCAAAGCUUUCCAAAAAGAAAAACUCUACAAAAUAAGAAUUUAAAUUUAUAAGGAUAUAUAUUUGUAAAUAAAACUAAUGUAUGACAUUAGACAUAAUAGUAUUUAUAUGAUAAUAAUAGAACUGAAGCAAUGUAAGAUUAAAAAAAAAAAAAUGCGUUUCAAAAUUGAAUAAGUUGUAGUAAAAAGUUAAAGAAUCCCAUU